AUAGUCUGAACAGUGAAAUAUUACGAACAAGAAUCCGUGUGGAAUGCAGUGCUGCCUCUGAUUAUUUUCAAAAUGCCACGGUAGAGGAAACAAAAUGCACCUCUUUCGUGAAUUUAUCCCGAAAAGAUAUUAACGAAUCGGACAAGGAAAAUGAAAAUCGUGAAAAAAAAGUUUGGGAAUACAAAACACUUUUGCGAAAUGCAUCAAUAGCUUAUACGUCUAAAAAAUAUGUAAUAGCUUCAUGUUACUAUAAAACUGCAUAUUGUUUGUCAUCAACUAUACAAGAUACUCAUAUUAAUAACAUUUGUAUUCGCUAUAUGCUAUGUAUAUCCGGAUUAGAAUCCGAAAAGUUAGAGGAUUUAACAGUUAUAGUACAGCAUCUAAUUUCAUUGGAAAAAAAUAUACAGGAAAACGACGUUCAUUUUCCUGCAGUAUAUUAUGCACUUGGUAAAGCUCAUUGUAAAUUAUAUCGGUUUCUAUUAGCCUACGAUGCUGUUAACAAGGGUUUUGCAUUCUUAAAUAAUAACGUAAAAAUUAAUGAAUAUUGUAUUCCCACGACCAAUACUGUUAUACCAGAAACCACACGGGAAGGAUUAUUAGUUGCACUUGUACAGUUAAAAGAGGAGUCCUCCAGUUGGCAUCGACCUGAUGCUGUUUGUUGCAUGGAUGAAUGUUUAGAUCAUUCUCCACACUAUGCGCCUUCCCGUUAUAUAUUUUUUAGUGAUCCAGCUUUUAACGGAAUGGUCAUUCUUACUUGUAAUAACGUAACUCAUCCUUGUGUUGUCAAAUUUCAUCAGUCCUGUUGGAAACUUAAAAAGGAACAAUUGUCAUCAAUUAAAAAAUUAUCUGAUAAGGAUAUUAUUGGUUAUAAGUGUUUUACCCCAAAUUGUGAGACUGCUCAAGGUGUACCUAGUAUUAUAAUAAGGGUGGAAGUGGUAGGCGAGGGGGGAAACAUUAAAACCCGUUUCGAUGCACCAACCAAUACUCAUAGUUGGCCAAAACGUAAUCCUGCUCCACCUAAAGGUGCUAUUAAAAAACAAAAUAAGGUCAAACAACAAACUCCAAAACCCAGGAAACUUGGUAAUCCUAGUAAUUGCAUAGUACCUGUGCAGAAUUCACAAGUCAAAGAACCGCUUUUCAACGAAGAAGCCGAAAUGAAAUGGAGGUUAAAAAAACUGGCUUAUCUUAGAAAUCGUAAUUUUGGUAUUCCGGAAGAAACUGACUGGAGACCAAAUAAGGAAUGGUUUGGAAAUUCAUUUAUGAAAGUAAUAGCAGAAGUUUUGCCAAAUCCUGAUUUUACGAAAGACGACGCAAAAACAUCUUCAUUGAAAUCUUUUGUUUUUUCAUUAAUAUAUGCUUAUAUAGAAAAGAAUGGACCUGUUAAAAGAGCAGAUGUUUUAAGAAUGUGGAAUGACACAAAAUUACUCAUCGAAAAUUAUAAUUCUGUUCUUAAUGACUCUGAAGAUAUUUUUGAUUUUCUCUUGCAAUCCUUGAAGAUAGUGGCGAUCGGUGAAUACCUUUGUAUUCCAAAAAUUCUUCCCCAGCUAUAUAAUAUAGUCAAACAGGAAACGGUAGUCUGUCUAAAAUUCUUCAUUGACAAUACAUGCACCAAUAACAUACAGGAUCAACCCGAAGAAUAUGAAAAAUAUGUCGAUGGAGGAACUUUGAACGAAGUAGACAUAUAUGAAGAUACAUAUGGCGAACAUAUGUAUGAAGAAGAACCGUACGAAGAAGACGUGCAAGAAGAUAUUCUUGGAGAAUGUAUGGUCUCCAAUUAUAAUUCUGGUACUCCGGAUCAAGAAGUUUCACCUAGAGAUGAAGAAGAUGGCUUCUUACCGACUGAUUUUAUAUCUUUAGACAAUAACAUAACUUCAGAUCAAAUAGAGGCAAGUACAAUCUCAGAUGUAAAAUCAACAGACGCUGUCUGUUCUUCUCAGAUCAACGAGCUUGAAGUGAUGACUAUUACUGAAGAUACUGAGAUAUGUCAUCAAGCGGAUAUUAAAAAAAAUCCAAGUAUCGACGCUGAUAAAUUACAAGAAUCGAUAGCAAAUAAAGAACAUAUUGUUGAAGAGUCACAGAUUAAGGAUGUCAUUGCAGCUACGAAUGACAAUGAUUUCAUAGAGUCAAAUGACAUCUUGGAUGAUAGCAUACAGAAAAAAGAAAUAAAAGAACAGUCGGAAUUGAAAAAGGAAGCGGAAGAAGUACCUUCCGGUGAUAAUAAUUACUUCGAAGCAAAUGAGGAUUACCCAGAAUCAACAGUGGAAAAGUGCACAGACUUCAAUGAGUUCACAUGGAAUGAAUUAUUUGCGGUAUAUACGAAUGAGAUUGACGAUACAAACACAGUUCAUAAUAAAGAAAAAAAAUCACCCGUGAAGAAAAAUGAUAUAAAUGCUUUUAACGAAUGCGAAAACGCAGAUAUGGUAGUAGAGGUUUUGAAAUCGAAAGAUCUGGUUCGCAGUUCAACGAUGCAUAAAAUGGAUCAAACGAAACGAAGUACAAUGGAGUCUAGGAGGAUAAAACGUAAGUACAGAACGAUCGUCAAAAGAAAGGGAAUGUCCGUUCCGCGGGUACGUUGGAUCAAGAAGAAGAGAGUUACGAUAAUAGAAAAUAAGAAGACGAUGAAAAAUGAAAUAGAACGAUUAAAAAAAGAAAAUGCAGAGUUGUUGGAAAAGCGCAAAGAAGAACAAGAGAAGCUACAUGAAGAAUUAGAAGAUUGUAAAAGAGUCAUACAGCAAAAAAUAUCCGAACUUAAGAUGACUAAAGAUAACGAAAUUCAUAAGAAACGAAGCUUUUUAAAGAAAUGUUUGGAUUCACAAUACAACUCCAAUAUGAUUGCACUAGUUGCAGCUGUUAAUCAAUUUCGUGAGUCAUUAGCCAUCGUAGGAGGGAUGCAAGACUUAUUAGAAAAGAUAACAGCAAAACGUGUCUUUACUGGCGGUGCAGAAGUUGAAUGGCAACAAUUGAUUGCCCAUAUUCAAUUGCAAUCGAAUGUUUUGGAUAAUGAAUUCCUCAAACUCAAAGCCGACUUGGAAUUGAAUGAAAAUGUCGAAAAAAUGGAUUUAUUUUCGUUACAAUUACAAAAUGUGCAUACUUCACCACUUCGAAAUUUAUCAAAGAUCGUCGAAACAGGAUUUCAGUCAUUGAUUAUGCAUUAUAAUCGUGUUAUACAGCAUAUACAAAUGACUAGACCUGGUGCCUUGAUGAAUAUGCCAGUCCAAAGACCACCGUUAAUGCAGCAACCUUAUAUAGGUUAUCCAUUGCAAUAUCCGCCACAAGUGGCAAUGCCACGAAAUUCAGUAAUAAUUCAAAAUCAAGGAUUACCUCCUCGUAUUCCAAUGCAUUUAAACGCAUACAGAAUGGAGGGUAACACCUUAAUGCAAAAUGUCCAACAAGUGACUCCGGAAAAUGGACAACCCCAUAUUUCACACCAUAAAGGCAAUGAUAAUACAGUUAUAAAAAAAGAGGAUACUCCUAAACAACUUGAGUCAGUUAGUGAAAAUACUGAAGAAAAUAAUGCAGAGAGUCAAGAACAGCUUGAUCUUUCAAGAGAAAGUGCCGAAGAGCUUCCAAGUGAAAAUACCCUGGAUCUUCCUACUAAAAUACAUUCACUGUUUUCAUCAAAUAUUCCGGCGGAAUUGCUUUCCGAAGGCACAAAGAAAAGAAAAUCGCGGAAACCAAAGAAAACUGUUUUCAUUGACGAUGUCCUGCAGCGUUUGCGGAAGAAGUAUAUCGGUGUGCUCGAAUCCGAUCUACUGGAUAGUAUAUUGGAUGUGCGUAGGCAGCACAAGUCAUUAACUGGAAUGAAGGUGUCCGUCAUUAUUGAGAAAACAGCACCGUUCAUUGAAAGACGUCAAGUUGCUCAACUAUGCGACUACACGAGGCCGAUAAAGACCGAAUCGGCGGAAGUGUUUGUUUCUCCAUCUCAUACAAAGAAAAAACGUCGUGAAAUAGUAGUACCAUCAUCACUCACAACAUCGCAAAAUUCACAAUUAAAUGUACGGAAAGCAGUUGAGCAAGGUGGAACAAUAAAGAAAAAUCCAUGGGAGAUUAUAAAUGAUCAACGUAAUAAAUGGCAAAAAGAAAGUCAAGAAGUUGAAUGUAAUAUUUGCAUUGAACCCAUGAUAACCAAUGCAAAACCUAUCUAUACAUUAAGUUGUCAACAUGCUUUUCACAAAUCGUGCAUUAAGAGUUGGUUCCGGCACAACCAAUCUUGUCCAACAUGUCGCGUUCACUGCACAAUAGACGAGGAAUUUCCACCUUUACCGUAAUAAGUUUCAGAUGUUUCGUUAGUCACAUACAGAUAAGUAAAAAUGAUUUAUGACGUGAUAUAUUUUUUUUUUUUCAUUUUUUACGUAUGAAAUACUAUAUUUUUUAUACAAUUGCUUACUGCGUACGUCAUAUCUUAAGAGAACAAUAAUCAACCUAAUUUUUUUUCUUUUUGCUCUUGUUCCUAAACUCAUAUUUCACAUGCGUUUAUAUUAAAUGUAAGCCAAUAAUCGAUACACACAGGGCCUCAUAAAAUAAGUUCAGUCAUACUUCAUUGAAUGUGUUCUGUCUUUAGAUACAUAGUUUGUUGUGUAUUAUCACAUCUUUUUCCUUUUAUUCAUGACCUCAACAAAUCUAAAGCAGUCAGUCGCAGUGAUAUAACAAAGACAUUAUUAUUAACAGAAUAUCUAUUUUUUAUAUUUUAAUAAUAAGUAUUUCUAUAUUUUUUUAUAAUCUUACUAAUGUUCUUAUAAAAGUAUUUACCGUUACCAUGUUGGAGUAACAACUCAGUUAGUUCCUUGCGUAUGACAUUAUUAAGUUAAAUAAAGCAUUCACAUGAUGUGAACAUGUUCUUGACCAAAGUUAAAGGUCCAUUUUUGAUUACCAUAUUAAUUAAAUUUGAUGUUCCGUUAAGUAUCGUAUCAAAUUAAUAUAAAUGAUCUGAAUUGCGAUCAAAUUCCAUGAUAAAAGAUCAAUGGAAACUGGGAAUAUCAGGAUCCAUUGUUAAUCGGUAAGAUAAAACUAUACCAGCGUUACAAACAAGUUAUCAGUUUCAUUCAAUGAAAUAUAAUGUGAACAGAUACAAUUAAUCCUAUUCAAUAAUCACUAUAAAUGUUGAACAAUAACUACUCCGUUUAAUUGUCGAUUACAACUGAUUACAACGAAUGUUAGAAACAUACUGAUUGUCACGAUGACACUUCUAGCCAUACAAACUAUGGUACUAACUCUAACUAAGAUUAACAAAUGCUCUUAACUUAACGUGUGAUUUAGUUAUAUUAUUUUACAUGUGUAGAAAAGUUAAAUUUUGAUUUAAUGCAAAAAAUACAUGUGUAUAUCCAUAA